AUGGCGAAGGCAACUUGCGCGGAUGAAGUGACGGCUUCUAGCUUUUCCAGUGACGAACUGGAGGACGAAGAUGAUGAAAUGCUUGCUUAUGAUUGGCAGAACGAAACUGGAGACGUUGGUAACGUUUUCAGACUAAGGGUAAAGGACAAGGCGGACCGCGCGACUGCGGAACAGGUGUUGGAUCGUCGUACGAGGAUGAUCCUGUUUAAACUGUUGUCCCAUGGCGUAAUCGCCAGCAUAAACGGCUGCAUCAGUACAGGCAAGGAGGCGAACGUCUAUCACGCAACGGGUGGUGACGCGAUGCAUUAUGCUAUCAAAGUUUACAAGACCAGCAUUCUUGUAUUUAAAGAUCGAGAACGCUACGUUGCAGGCGAGUUUCGUUUUCGUCAUGGGUAUUCCGGUGGCAAUCCUAGGAAAAUGGUCAGCACCUGGGCGGAGAAGGAAAUGCGAAAUCUUUCGAGGAUAUACCAUGCCGGACUUCCGUCUCCAAAGCCAGUGGUACUACGAGGUCAUGUGCUCGUGAUGGAAUUUCUCGGCGCUGACGGCUGGUAA